CCCAUUUCUGUGCGAUUCUCAAGCGAUGAGUUUUCAAAUGCCCCAUUCUACCAGUGCAUGCCAUUGCCUGUUCAUUGUAGUUUGUAUCAAGGGCGCUAGGGAAUGGCUUCUUUGAUGUAAGGAUUGGGGGUAGAUGAUGGGAAGGAUUUGUAAAGUCAGCGGGCAAGGCUGUCUGUGCACUUUCCAAAGUACUCUCAAAGACUUGAUGAACACUCCCGCAUGAAUUGAUGGCGACUAGUAGCCGCACUUGAAAGCUGUUUUCUGGCACUCUGAUGGAUGCAACAAGCAUCCACUUAGAGGGUUCAUUUGGAAGCAGACGGAAGGCUGCAUUGUACUGUAAUGGCAGAUUGGCAGACAGUUGUUUUCAUGCGGAUCAAGCAGAUUGCAGAGGCUUCAGUGUGAACUGCGCAACUUGGCACGCAAGUUCAGCGCUGUUUCAAUCAGUCAGCAACCACCUUUGAAGCAGCUUAAUAGACGUUGUAAUAUAAGUUCAGAGGCUUGUGUUUCUAGAAACAAAAUGAGUUUAAUAUCAGGAAGGUUUGUGCUCGCUUGGGUGCUCACAGCGGUGAGCACUCUGUUGUUGCUUCUGUCAUACCAUGGGUUGCGAGACGCUGUUUCUGCGAAGCUGUGGGAGACAAGCCCUGCAAAUGCUGCCCAGCCAAACCUCGCCGUUCAAUCUGGAGACGAUCACUUUGGGCCACUCGAUACGGCUCAGCAGGUGGAGAAAAAGGACAAGGCCCUUCCGACGAGUCCCAAACUAGAGAGUGAGCUUGUAACAAGAGAGGGGAACGCUUUUCUGGAGCAUCAGACGAGCGCCGUUCGGAAGCUCCAGGCGGCCAAAGUAGAAAGGACCCUUCAGACAGUGUCUGAAAGUAGUGCAACUAGAGGGGGAGCCAAACCCUCAGGCACCGGGGGAAGCGCUUGGUGGAAGUAUGUGGAGCAACUAGGGGGGUGGCAAAACUACAUCGACCUGGUCGUCGCGACCACCCCCCGCAUUCACUACCAGGGGAGUAAACCCCACUACCCCCGGGCGUCAACCACUCCCAGUGCGCGUGAGUUAGAAAGCCGGUUAGCGCUGAGUUUAACAAAAAAGGGGAGUGCGUCUGGGGUAGCAACCCCCGUCGAGGACGUCAAAUUCGAGAAGGGGAGCGGGGAGUUUUCAUGGUUCUUUUGGGCGCCCAAACCGGCUGCGGUUAACUAUAACCGCAUCAUUGAGGACGAGCUUCAGGAGAUGGUCAAUGCGCGGCUGCACAAGCGGGGCUUCCCGCACGGUGUGAAUAAGCCCUCUCGCGGGGUGAACACCCCCGAGGAGCACCCCGCUGCCGUUCGGGAGCGGCUGCUUCAAAACCCCGCUUCUUUAACUGCGGAUAGCGGACCGGCAACUCAAGGAGAGGAGUCUGGAGAUGGAGAAGUCUUAGUCGAUGUUGGAGAAGGGCUAAUGGCCGACGUUGGAUUCCACGCCAAGAACGUAACUUUGGAACCUGGGUUGGUUGGAGUUUUCAUGAGCGGGUGCGGAGAGACGUGCGGACAGCACGGGACAUGUAAUGAAGAAAUGGGGCGGUGCGAUUGCCCGUGGGACCAUACGGGACGAGACUGCGCCGUCCUGGCCAUGCCGGCGUGCCGCAUUGGCCAGAAUCGCACGAUUCCGUGCAAUCAGCCCGCCCCCUGCGCAUGCUACCUUCAAUGCGAGCGCUUUGGCUUUGGCCACAGCCAUGCCUGCUUCGACGUCAACCCGCCGUACAUAAGCGAGGGUGCCAUAUGGAGCGCCCCUCAGGUCGUAAUACGGACGGACGGACGCGGCCAUGAAGAAGGGUCCGUUCGGACGUCCAUCGACGAGUCGGACCCCAAUUGGCGGAAAGUACUGCCGUCCCGCUUCUGCCCGUUGGGCUGCAGCGACGUCGGCUGGUGCGAGCGGGACAGCGAAUUGGGCGUCGACCCGCCGUCCGCGCACUGCAACUGCCCGUUCGGCUUCGCCGGCGCCGGCUGCGAGAUCCCCGAGAAGCGGCGCGACAUCCGCGUCUCUUGCCUCAACGACUGCUCGGGGCGCGGGGUUUGCAACCGGGGCUUCUGUCACUGCAAGCCGGGGGCCUUCGGCAUCGACUGCUCGCUCUCUCCGGGCACCCCCAGUCUAGUUUUCACUCAGCCGGGGACGCUUCUCGCAACCGGUUCAGAGGGCCGGGAUCGGAUGCAGAAAGACGAGGAGUCGUGGAUCUACACGUACGAGCAGUCACGGCGGCCGAUCUUCAUGGCGAGGAAGCGCGCGAAGGCCGAACUAGAGCAGGCGGGGUUCGCGGACCCGCUCUUUGUGCCGGAGCCGUCGCCGUCCGCGACACCGAUGAAGAGCUACGGGCCAGGUGGCUGGCGGAAGCAGGUGCCACGUGGCAUCCCUCAGGGCGUGCCAGGUGGCGGCGCGGACGUGGAGUACAUUCCGUUCAUUCAGCCGCAACUGAUUGAGGCAAACCCCGCUGUUCUGCAGCAGGCGAUUGAUUCCGCUUUGGGGGGGGUGGAAACGGGGCAGGAAGCGACCCCCUCCACGAAUCCCGCUCUCCUGCAGCAGGUGAUUGAUUCCGCUCUGGGGGGGGGGGAAGCGGGGCAGGAAGCGACCCCCUCGCCGCAGCAAGCGGCGGUUGCGGCGGUCGUACUAACCGGGCAGUCAGAAGAGCAGGUUACGGAACUAACCGGUAAUCCCGCAAUGGAUGUGGGAGCGGCAGAGGGGGAAGGCGACAAAGAGGUUUUGGGGGGGGUCGUUGAGCAGGGCGAGGAGGGGGGGGCGCAGCGGAGGGAGGAGGUUGAAACGGCGGAAGAGGAAAACCAGGGGGGAACUAGGGGCGAGGGGGAAACGGGUGUGGAUGACAGUGCAGGGCCGGAGGAAAAGGCGAUCGAAGCUUUGGAGGAGGGUCUGCCUCUAGUGGAGCACUUUGAGGGAGUUGCCGGGGAUGGAGGGGAGACGGGUGGUCUGGUCUUGGAAGAGGAUCGAACGGGUGGGGGGGAAAUGGGGCAAGAGAUUUUGGGGGAAGAGCAAGACACUCUAGGCGGAGUGCAAGAUACUCUGGGGGCGGAGGGCGAAGCAGACGGGGAGGUAAAAGAAUGGGUUGGUCAGGAGGAUCCGGGGAGAAUCGGGGAAGCCGUUGACGAGCCAGCAGAGGAAACGCCUCAGUUGCGGAGAUCGUCUCGGUUCCGAAAAGUUUUGGAGUGGGUGGAGUUCAGAGUGGGCGGUGAAGAGCACCGAGGGAAGAUGCGAGGGGGCGGGGUGGGCAACCGGGCGCUUCUGCUCGUCCAGGCAGGGGUUGAUGAAGUAGAUCCGAAUGAGUUCACCGAAGAAAAAACCCCGGACCAGUAUCGGGGCGCGGAAAUGGUUUCCAGAGGCGCCGCUCACGGAACCGCUGUUUCCCGGGGAUUUAACCGGACCGCGAAUCGGAACCCGUUCUUCAACCCGAUGAGGACGCCUUCCCCGUCGGAAAUGGACGAACUGUAUCUAAACCAGACGGUGCAGAACCUGAUUCGGCAGGAGGAGAUGCGGUGGUUUGCGCUGAAGCGCGCGUAUCCGAACAACACGUUUUACCAGAAGCCGCUGAGCCUGAACAUUACGCAGCUUCGGCAGACCGCAGUAAUCCAGCUGAGAAACGUGCGCCUGCAACUAGAGAUGCAGCAGCGGAUCCGCGAGGCGAAACUAGAGGAGGAGCGGCGGUUCGUCGCGUCACUCGCGCACAUGCGCAACAAGACGCGCGGCAGGGGGGCGGCGCAGCCCCUGAUCUACGUGUACGAGCUGCCCCCCCAUUUGAAUACGUGGACGUACGUCCAUUCCGGGGCGGGCGCGGAUCGGACGGCGCCGGUGAUCUUUCUGGAGCGGCUUUUGCAUUCCCCCCACCGAACGACGGACCCGAAACUCGCCGACUUUUUCUUUGUACCCGCUUGGCCGCGUUGGCACCUCAACCGGGGGCCGUACCUAGAGUCCGUCGUCCAAUACCUGAGAGCCACGUGGCCGUACUUCGACGCUCGGGGAGGCGCCGACCACAUCUGGUUCACGACCGACGACUGGGGUCCGUGCGAGGAAACCGGGUUUAGGAACCGGGUCAUCGGCGCGGGGGUUCUGCUAACCUUCUGGGGUUACGACAAAAACGCCCGGAAUGGGGGGGACGAGCCGUGCUUCAUUCCCGGGCAGGAUAUCGUUGUCCCUCCGAAUUUGGAGUACGACAUUCUGGCGAAAAGGAAGGAGGCGGAGGAGCGGGGCCGGUUGAGAAUCGGAUUAAGGAACCGCACGAACUGGUUCUACUUUGCGGGGAGCUCCGGCCGGCUGGCAGAGAGCACAGGGACGGGGCGGAAGGAGUACAGCUUUGGGGUGCGCCAGGCGGUUUUCGACCACUUCGAAGACGACAACCGGUUCAAGCUCGAGGAGCUGCGUUUCGGCGCGUCGGACUACCUGGCCGAGAUGGCCAACUCCCUCUUCUGCCUCGCGCCCUCCGGCCACGGAUGGGGCACCCGCGCCACGCAGGCGGUCAUCCUCGGCUGCGUCCCUGUCGUCAUUCAGAACGAUGUGACGCAACCGUUUGAGUACGAUUUGAUUGACUGGGAGACGUUCGGCGUCCGGAUCCGGAACGAGGAUGUGCCACGUAUCCCCCAGAUCCUGGGAGCGAUACACGUGACCGAGAUCGAGAAGAAGCAGAGGAUUAUGGGGCAGGUGUGGCCGCGAUUCUUGUGGCAGUCACAUUCAGAGGGACCGCUAGAGGUGAUUCAAGCAGGUGAUUACAAGGAUAGCUUGAAGGAGGUGUUGCAGCGUAGGGAUGCCUUUUCUACGACGAUGGAGGUAUUGCAACAACGGCUUCAAAUGGAAGACUAAGUUAAACGAGAAAUUUUUAGAGGAAAAGGCUUCAUGUAAACCAUUUUAAGUAUGUCGACAUUCAAGUGCUCUUCAGCACGUUUCAAUGGAGGUGACUCAAUGGAGAAGUGUUUGCUCAUGCAUGAU